CGUUUCGAUCUCUGCUGAAAAGUUGACGUGGCUGUAAAGUUGUUUGGCAUCAAGUUAUCAAAAAGGUCUAUGAAAACGUGAUAUUGUUUGAGGAAUUAUUUGCUGGAUAUAACCGCCACCAUGAUUUCUUCAAACCUAUUUGUAUUGUGUCUCCUGUUACUUUCAGUUUUUGUAGGAGGCGAUGAGCACAAUCACAUCUACGAAGAAAAUGAAGAAGUCGUAUUGUGGGUGAACACUGUCGGUCCCUAUCAUAAUCGACAAGAGACGUAUUUGUACUUUUCAUUACCAUUCUGUAGUGGCCCCAAAGAAACUAUCAGCCACUACCAUGAAACUUUGGGAGAAGCAUUGCAAGGGGUGGAACUUGAGCCAAGCGGCAUUCCAAUUGAUUUUAAAGGAUCUAUAUCCACAACUCCAUACUGUGAAGUGGGGUUGUCUGAGGAAAAGCUAAAGGCUUUUACGUAUGCAGUUAAAAAUCAUUAUUGGUAUCAAAUGUAUCUUGAUGACCUUCCUAUAUGGGGAGUUGUUGGAGAAAUUGGGGAAAACAAUGAACAUUACAUCUAUACCCACAAAAAGUUUGAAAUUGGAUUCAAUGGAAAACAAAUUGUAGAUGUCAAUCUAACAUCAGAAAACAAAGUGAAGCUUGAAAACGGGGCUGUGAUUUCAUUUACCUAUGAAGUUAGUUGGAAGAAUUCUGCUGUCAAAUUUGAAGAUCGCUUUGACAAAUACCUUGAUCCAAAUUUCUUUCAACACAGAAUCCAUUGGUUCAGUAUCUUCAACAGUUUUAUGAUGGUCAUAUUUUUGGUUGGUCUAGUCUCCAUGAUCUUGAUGCGAACUCUGCGGAAAGAUUACGCCAGAUACAACAAAGACGAAGAAAUGGACGACAUGGAACGUGAUUUAGGAGAUGAGUAUGGUUGGAAGCAAGUACAUGGUGAUGUUUUCCGUCCAUCCGCUCAUGCUACAUUUUUCUCCGCCCUUAUUGGAAGUGGUUAUCAUAUUACUGUGGUUACCAUCAGCGUUAUCCUUUUAACAAUCGUUGGAGAAUUGUACACAGAACGUGGUUCGCUGAUUAGUACAGGCAUUUUUGUUUAUGCUGCCACGUCACCAGUCAAUGGUUAUUUCGGCGGCAGUCUGUAUGCGCGAAUGGGCGGCAAGCGAUGGAUUCGACAGAUGCUUGUUUCCGCCUUUCUUGUCCCAGCUGUUGUCUGUGGUACCGAAUUUUUCAUCAAUUUUAUCGCGAUAUACUAUCAUGCCUCAAGAGCCAUUCCAUUUGGAUCCAUGGUUGCCAUCACCUGUAUAUGCUUAUUUAUCGUUUUACCUUUGACGUUGGUGGGCACGGUGUUGGGUCGAAAUUUAUCUGGUCAGCCAGAUUAUCCAUGCCGCGUCAAUGCCGUCCCUCGUCCGAUCCCAGAGAAAAAAUGGUUUAUGGAACCUGCAGUGAUUGUUGCACUCGGUGGAAUUCUUCCUUUCGGGUCUAUCUUCAUUGAAAUGUAUUUCAUUUUUACAUCGUUUUGGGCCUACAAGAUCUAUUACGUGUACGGCUUCAUGCUUCUCGUCGUUUUGAUUCUAAUUGUAGUCACCGUUUGUGUUACUAUUGUCUGCACUUAUUUCUUGCUCAAUGCUGAAGACUACCGAUGGCAGUGGACUAGCUUCUUGGCAGCAGCGUCAACUUCCGGUUAUGUCUACAUGUAUGCCAUCUACUACUUCUUCUUUAAAACCAAAAUGUAUGGAUUGUUCCAAACUGCUUUUUACUUCGGCUACAUGGCACUUUUUAGCCUUGGAUUGGGUGUUCUGUGUGGAACUGUUGGCUACAUAGGUUCCAGUUUCUUUGUCCGAAAAAUUUAUUCAACCGUCAAGAUCGAUUAAAUUAAUUGGAGGUGAAUGAGGCGUCUUUUGCUUGGCUGGAUCGCCCUGUAUAGAUCCUUACAGCACAACUCGCUUUCUAAUUGUUAUUUGGUCCUCUCUUCGUCCUUUAAAGAAAUUAAUGCUAAAUCAUUUCAGUUUCUCAUCUGUCCCAUUGUUCACCGACCAGUUCAGUCGCAUUACAUACCCAAACCAUGUGGAAUAAUGUCUCCUCAUAUUUUAGAAUUUAUAUUGCUUACAAUCAAUCGAUGUAAGCGGUUAAUAGUUGUUAAGACGGAAACACUGCAUGGGGCUGGGUCGAUUUAUGUCUAUUGUUUAAGGAUAAAGUGUCAAAACCCUUCUCCAUAAAAUGUAUUAUUGUUCAAAUAAAUUUGUUUUGAUCAAUCAA